GAAAUUAAGUCGCGUGGAAAAAAGCGACGCAAGCAAAAUUCAGGGGAAAGACUUUCUCUCGGCCUGGCCAUCUAGCCCGCCAAAUUGCGACGAAAUGUGUUGCCUAAGUGUUGUGCAGGCCGUGAUCUUCCUCUGGACCAAUCGCUCGAAAGAUAGCCUGAUUGGAAUUCCGCCGAGCUCAGGAGACCAAGGGACCUUGGCUUGCAGGCGUCAAGAACGAGCUGCAACCCUGCCUGACUAUAAAAGUGAGCUCUUCUAUCCCAUUGGAUCAUUUUGCACGACCAGCUGCAGCUCAUGUAUCAUUCUUCGAUCAAUCGACAUCAUGGCUGCAGUCAACAGCCUGAUACUGUGGAUCCUUCUUCACACGACUGCGGUUGCUACGGUCUUUGCCAUGGAUCCUGGUCCGUCCAACCCAAAAUGUCGCGAGGUCAGGGUCAAGCUCAUGAAAAUCGUCCGCACUAAUAAUGGGCUGGAAUCAUGCAAGGAUAUAUGUGAGGAGGAAAUACGCAAGUACGGCCGAAACAGAGCAGUCGAGGCCGUGUCAGAAGUCGAGUCCAACGUUGCCAGCACAAGUUUCGCUAUAUUCUUCCAGCCAUGGACUAUCGACAAAUGUGUGGUCCGACCCUCUGCCAUCUGCUACCGUGGGGGCAGCAUUGAAAACGAGCACCGGGAAGUGCAAGAUCACAUCACGGACGAACUUGUGGGCGAUUCCAGAUAUUCUGACCAGAUGCUGCAUGGCUGUACCUCAGAUGUAUGUUCCGCGCCUCGCACUAUGCCUUUUCUUCGACGCAAGAAGAGCUUCAAAGUCAGCAUAUUCGACAGGAAUAAAUUUGUUGUAUCGGAAAAAAUGUGCAUCUGCAAGAUGAUCAUUCAUUAUGAGAAUGUGUACAUUGCAGACCAAGAUGUGAUGCCGUAUCAGUCAACAGCAGUCUCUUGCGCUUAUGAAGAGUUUGUAAAACGACACUCAGGGCAAGAAUGGUUUCCUUCGGUGACCAUGGCUACUGAGCGCACAAAUGGCGUCGAUGGCAAUGAUUGGACCGUUUCAAGCGCUUUUGUCUGCUCUAGCAAACGGUACUCACAUUGUCCAUGCCAAAUUGAGGCAAGUGAGGCAAUCUAUUGUACUACAGUACAGAAUCAUCCACAAAUGGGGCGGCACCCACGUCAGCCCUUGUGAUUGUCCUUCGAGUCUGUCUUCUUACUCAGGUAGUCGUAUGAUCAAAUUUACCUUCUUCAAUGCUGUCGUCUAAUUCGUUCAAGAGCGUUGAUCAGCUCGUGGUCUGUCAUUCUGCUUGGAAGAGUAGCUCGGGUCUCGCUGCGACAGCUCCAUCUCACAGACCAAGCACGCGCUUCGCAAGUAUCAAAUGAUUACUCUACACACUAAGGAGCUUUCUCGGCAUUGCACACAGUACGGCUUUGUGCCUCUCGAGCUACCCCCUGCGAUACUUCACAUAUUUGUUUGCAAUUGCAAUGCUGCAUGCGGAAU